AUGCUGCUGCUUUCCUGUCUGCUUAUCGACUGCACCAUUAUCCUGACUGAUACGGCGGAGUGGAAACAAGUGAAGGUAAACCGUUUUAUAACUGUGACCGCCAAGGAAACUCAGCUCUCGCCUCUAGUCCGGCUGCUUCUCUCCGAGUGCGCUCCAUGCCCGGGUGCAGGAGUCACUCAAACCGUGUCUAAACUGCAGCCCAGAGACGUGACAGUGGACAAAAGAGAGACCACAGUACCUGCGCGAUGUCAUGUCAGUCCAGAGUACCGGGUCCCUCCGCAAAAGUGCGCUUUCUGUGUUUGCGGAGCCGCUUAG